AUGCAAGCGACAGGAUUUAAGCUCCCUCUCGCGACUUAUCUGGUGCUGCCGGAAGCGGAACUAGCCGAGUCGUUAAGAGGGGAGGGGCUUAUGGGGGUGGAGCUCCGGUCAAAGAAGCCGUGGCAGGUGAGGGUCCCGAGACCGAAGAAAAACCGAGACGCGGAACCCGCUCGCCCAGGGUUUGCAGCCGGCCGCCGCCGCCGCCGCCGGGCAGUUGCUUUGUCUCCCGCGGAGCUCUGCGGAGCCGGAGCCACGCGCGCCUCGGAGGGCGGGGACCAGAGCGAAGGGCAGCGUGGAGGAGUGACAGCACCGCUCUGCGGGUCGUUUCGCGUUUUCAUUUCUCCUCCUCCAUUGCUUCCCCUUUUUCAUGUCUUGGGUUUGGGAUACCAGAGGGUGUCAGCUCAGCAGGGAACAGCCGAGCUUCUCGCCGGUGCUGCAGGCUGCGGUCUGGCUCCACCAAAUGCGUGGCAGCUCUCCGGAGUAAGGACUGAUGACCGCACCGAAUCCGUUGGAGAGGGUUGCAUCCUUUGGCGCUUCGAGGAAGCAGGGGCGAGGGCGGUGGCCCUUCGAUCUCUGUUGCCGGGUUCUCAACGACUUCCUGGGGGAGUUGCGACCUUUGGAGCCUGCGGGUCACACUCGCCUGGCGUGCUGGAAGGCUUAACUGGAAGUCAGAAGCAUGGCUGACUUCAUAGCACCUUACCAUGGGUGCUCUCCGCUGCGAUAGGCUUUUGUUUUACUGUUGAAAAAUUCUACAAUGAAAAAUAAAGUUUUUGUUUCGGGCAGAUAAAAUAAUAAGGAUAGCUGACAU